CCCGCCAUCCCCCCGUUUAGGAACAGGUUGGUGGGGCGCAGAAAUAAUGUAAUUUUUCAUUUGAGUGCCUUUUAUAAGAGUAAUUCCAUGUGAUAGUUUAGUGCUUAAUGCUUCGAGAGACUUAUCCAAGUUGUGGUGUAGGCGUUUGGACUGUAGUAAGACUAAAGCUGCGUAUGUGUUGUUUAGUGUGUGGCUUUCUGCAUGAUGGCUGGUAUUGCUGUCCGUGCUGGUGCCAGCCUCACUGACAGGGAUGACAGUUCAUUACCCCCCGUUGGCCGUACAGCUCGCACGCCUAGGAAAGCCAGUCCCUCUUUAUUGCAUGAUUCUGCACUCUGCACUACAUCUACCAUUCAUGCCAAAACCCCUGUAUCCUCUUCCUCCGAGCAAGGAACCAUAAACUCAUCAUCAAUGUCUACACCCACAGGCACCAAACUGGCUGUAACCGCUACAAACGAUUCCUCUGCGGGGGGUGAAGAAGACAUCCAUCAAGAUCUGUUAGAAGCAGAGUCUUGUGCAAAGAUAAGCAAGUCAGAUAAAGAUUUACAGAGAGUUAGGCCAACAACACCUAUUCAGUUGGUAACUGAAAAGGAGAUUGCUCUCAGCCAGCUGCAGGAAUUAGAAGUAGCAAUUAAGGUCCGCAAGGGUUCGAAGGUCGACGGUAGAAAAGUUCGUUGGAUUGAGUAUCGUGCUCGGAAGGCUGAAGAGGAAAGGAACAAUAACAGUAGUAAUAAGACAAAAAGCAAAUCACGAAAAUCUAAAUCAAUUGAAAAUGAUGAGAAUGUUUUGAGUGUUAAUAACAACAAUAACAACAGUGAAAAUACCGAAAGUAUGAAGGGUGAAGUAAUUAACACACCUUUGGUUCUAGAAAGUAUGAAGUUACAAUUUUUGCAAGGAACAGAAAACAUUGAAGGACCAGUUACAAACGGUAGUAAUAGUGAUAGUGGUUUGCAAAAGUCACCAGAUGCAUCUCAGAAAAGAAAGUCUGUCAGGACUCGUAGGAGUCAAAGCACUCCUAAGGAAAAUAAAGAGAUCAAGAGCAGCCCUAAAAGUGUAACCAGAGGUACUCAAAAAAGUAAAUCCAAAGUUGGUACUGAUGGUGAUGAGGAAGCUGAUACAAAAUCUUUAAGUAGCUUAAAAAAACUGUCACCCAAAGAUACAACUGUAAAUGGAACAAGUGAAAUAUUAACCAAGAUUGAGAAUGUUCCUACUGAGGAUGUUCCUAUUAUUACCACCCCAGCAAUAAUGUCUUCAUUCAAGGUAAGGUCCCCUGCAACAUCUCCUGGCAUAUCAGAGGUCCUGCCCUCUUGUAUAAGACCUGUGUACAAAUCGGUAACAAAAGGUCUGCGUGAGGUACGCAAGACAGAAAAUGGUGUGGAUGUGGAAACAGUGAAGAGUGAAAUUGGUGCUAUAACUUCAAGUGCUGGUACUGAAAGUAAGUUUGAAAAUGACCUGAAGUGUAUAACAGUCACACCACCACCAGUGUUUUGGAAUCCACCAUUAAGGGCAAGGUCUGCUGAUAGUGUGUCUGGUACUAAAAAGAAGUCUGUGACACCCAAGAAAAUGAAAACACCUUUGUCAAAGUCUGUGGAAAAAAUUGAUUCUGAGGCAGAGUCUAUAACUAAUGGACACCAUGAAUUAGAAGUUGAAUCCCAUAAAGAGGAUGUUAUUGAGAAAGGUGAGUCUCAUUUAUCUACUGAAGAAAACUCAGAAACCCCAAAGAAAAAGUCACCCCAAAAUAGUGAUGAGGAAGUUGUCAAGAGAAAGAGGGGCAGACCACCAAAGAGAAAACUUAAUUUAGUGGAAGCAGAUGACCGUAAAGUGUCUCCAGAUGGAAAAUCAAGUAAAAAAGUUGAAACUGUCAUAGCUGAUGUUCAUAAUACCAUGAAUGGGGAACCUCAAACUGUGAUUCCAGUAAGUCGACCUGUCUUGAGAGGUAAGAAAAUAUCUGUAGUAAAGAGAUUAGUCAAAUGGAGUCAGGAAGAUGUUUCACCAGAUGUUGACUCCUCAGGGAUAUAUGUAAAAACAUCUGUCAAGAAGGACAUGUCUUUGGAAAGUGUAGGCAAAGGGAAAGAAAAGUCAUCUCGUGUGGAUGCUAAGAAAAAGGUGACAGGUACUAAGAAGAAGGGAAGUGGUGUGUCACUUGAUGAAAGUGAAGUAAGUUCAACCCCAAGUGCCUCUGUUAACAAUCAAACACAAACAACUCCAAAGUGUAAAAGUACAAAGUCUGCCAAAGGUGUUCGGUUGGGAGCGCUGUCUCCUGGAAAGCCUGUUGAAGAUACUAAAAUUGCGCCUGUAAAAGCCAAUCCACGGGAUAAAGAAGACACAGAUGUCUCUGAUAAUGAACAGAAAGAUAAGCAUGUCAGUAAAGCUGAAAAGAGUUUAGCAGGCAGAGUCAUAAGAAGAUCUGAACAUGGGAAAUCUCCAGAACACACCAAUCAACCUCUGAAUAAAAGUGUUUCUGCUAAGAAUGAUAUAACUUCUAAAGAAAAUUCAGCCUCAAAAACUAGUUCCACUGGGAAAGAAGCAUCUCAGAAGUCAAAUAAUGCAGUGAGAAACAGCAGUGGUCGAAGUAGUUCGCUUGAAAAUAUUAAUGCCUUCAAGGACGACACAAAGGCUGUAGAUGAUGAUGGAGUUCACAAAGUUAAGCCAAAAUAUGGCAGAGGAGAAGGGACAAACUUAAGAAAAUCCUCUUCUACCAUUACAGGAAAUUUUGAUAGCCAGAUGAGUCUUGCUGAAGAGUCACCUAAGAGGUCUCAAAAAUCUGGGGUUACUGUACCUGCUGCAGGCAGAUCUAAGAACAUUCCUGUUAGCAGUAUUUCUCCAAGUAAAGGAAAACAAGUAGAGACUGCAAGUAAAAUUGACCAAGAAAAAAAGUCCUCCCCUCUUGGAGAUUCAGAGGACAAAGAAUUGCAAGGGACUAAGAAAACUGUGAAAGGAAAAGCCAAGAUGAGAAAUAGAGAAGGAAAUAUAAGUGUCCAAAAAGAAGUAGUGGAGGAAGAUAAAGUUUUAACUACCAGGAGAGUGACAAAGAAAACAACUCUCAUAGAGAUUAGCAAAGUUGGACCAGAGAAGAGCUCUGAUAACAAUGUAUCUAUGCCAUUGCCAGAUGAAGUUGAAGAGGCUCCUGAAAGAAAAUUGGAAGUUACUCCAUUGAAUGAAGUCAGUGGUCAUUCUAAAGCUGGUGAUGGCCCUGCUACAGAACUAGGUAAAGGCUGGCAAGCAAAUGUAAAGCAAGGGAAGAGUCAGAAAGAGUUGGACUUGCUUGAAACUAAAAAGACACAAAAUGAUAAAUCCCCUGAGAUUUUGAUGAGUAAGGGAGUAACAAAUUUGUUACAAUCAGACAAGCAGAAAAUUGAAAUGAAUAAGCAUGAGCUACCAGUUAUAAAGAAAGCUCAAGAUGCUAAGGAGAUUUUGCAAAAGAAAAAUAGUGGAAAUGAUCAGGAAGAAGACAGCAAUAGCUCAGAAAUUCUACUUAGUGACUCUAAUGCACAAAUCACUGAUACAAAGACAGUGGAGAAAGUCAAUAUUUAUGAUGAAAAGCAAAUUACCAAGACACUCACAAAAGUCAGUGGAAGUACUACCCAAAGUGUUGAAGGAAGAUUAGAGGUUGAUAUACCUUUAGAAAAUAAAUUGAUUGAGAAAAUUGAACUGGACGAAGCUGUUACAAAGGGUGAAGCUAAGGAAAAUACAGAGCACUGGAAUGAGGAAGAGAUUAAAGAGGUAGAGACAGUAGAUGUAGAGUUAAACCAAGAAAAUGUGGUUGAAGACAUACUGUUUCAGAAUUUGGAACAAAAGGAGAGUGAAACUGAACAGUUGCAAUUAAAAAGCCAAUGUGAAGUGAAAACUGAAUUUGAAGAAUGUAUUGGAACUGAAGAGGUAGGUAAUACUGAAGUUUCUUCAAAUUGUCAAGUCAUUAGUGCUAAUAAAACGCCUGUGCUCUCCCCUCAGCAUCUUGCUGUACUAGGUAAGCACCCACUUGAAACCAGUGAAGUGGAAUGUGAAGAAUUAGGUUUCAACAAUUGUCAUACUUUGGAGAAAACUAGUUUGAAUGAUUCUAAGAAAUCAGUGGAACCUGUUUUAAAAACCAUGGAGAUUCUGAUGGCGGAACCAGAGGACAAUUCAGAAUCUAUUAAAGAAUCAAGUCUUGGAAAUAUUGAUAGAAGAAAAGUAGUAGUAAGUACUGCUUAUCAUAAUUUGGAGAAUGACCAAAGAACUGCAGUGAAUAAUUUGAAUGCAACGAUGUACUCUGUUGAAAGUUCUGUUGAUGCAGGAAAGGAAAUGGAACCAAAGAACAAUAUGCCUGAAUUGAGUACAACAGUGUUUUAUGCAAAGAAUAAGCAUACAGCCAGUUUUUUACCUACUAGUGAGAGUGACUCUCAAGAUGCUGCCAAAGUGAGUUUGGCAAAGGAUGGGUCAGAUCAAAAAGUCCAUACUGCUCAAGAAAUGACAAUUGAAGCUUCUAACUUAAUUAAGAGUAAGGAUAACCAAAAUGAAAAAAGUAUAGUAAAUGUAACUGAUCAGGUAUGUGAAAUGCAAAGCCCUUUGUUGGCUAAGUCCAAGGAGAAAGUUCCACGAAUAUUAAAACAACUUUUCCAAGAUGAAGGUGUACAAAAUAUGUUGAAGAGUAUGAGUGAUGAGUCUGUCACUGUGUCAGAGGGAUCUUCCAGUGAAUCAAGUGUACAUAAACUUCGUCCAAAAAGGCCUACUGAGCCAAUGCUAGCAUCUUCGCCAGAACUAGACGGGGUUGUGGAAGCCCUGUUUUCAAACACAAAGAGAAGAAAGCGGUGGUCAGAAGUGGACACGUUAUAUAUGGAUGAAGGAGUUUUGAAUUUGCUAACAAGUAUUGACCCUCACUCCCGCCGAGCUGGCCAGGAUGAUGCUUCGAGUGAUAUAUCUCAAGCAAGCAGUGUUAGAAGUGUUAAAACUAAUAAAUCCAGCAAGUCAUCGGUAGAUACAUCUGAGAGUAGGAAGAGAAAACUUAGUGGAGCUAGUACUGUCAGCAAUACAUCCACAAAAUCUAUGCAGCCACCUGAGUCAAAGAAAAUCUGCCUUGAACAAGGAUCAAAUUCACAAGAUCCCUAUGAUUAUAAUCCAGCUGAGGAGGCUAGUAUUCUAAAAACAAAUGAAGAAAAUAUUGUUGAGCCUGAAGAGGCUAUUUCUUUAGUGCCAAAAAAGAAGGGAAGGCCAGCUUUACCAUUAUCUGUUAAACAAAAGAAUAAGGCCAUUCGUAUGCAGCUAAAAAUUCAGAAACAAAAACAAAUGGAAGGUGUUUCUCAUGGUGCAGAUCAGCCUGAUAAUAUAAAAUAUGACGAAGACCUACAAGAGAUUUCUACAAAAAAUAAGAGUUUAGAGGCUGAAGAAGACAAUGUGAAUUUAGCUGAACUUCAAGAUACCUUGAGAAAAGAAAAAACAGGGUCAUUUAGCAAAGAUGAUGCACAGUUUAGUGGGAAUUUAGAUAAGGAUGAACACCUCCAAGAGGAGUCUAAGAAAAAUGAAAAGGCGGGGCCUGUAGAGGACAGUGUGAAUUUAGUAGAACUUCAAGAUACAUUAAGAAAAGAAAAAUCAGUAACCUGUAGCAAUGUUGAAGAGCCACAGACAAAUAUAGAACAAUUUGCUAAGGCAAUACCACCUUUAAAGAUCAAAUUGGCUUCAGACAGUGUGACAAUAAGUCAUGUAAGUAAACCAUAUCCAAAGAAGUCAAGUUCACCCAUAGUACAACUUCCAAAGAUGCACCAUGAACCCCAGUUACAACAGCCUCAGUCAAAGUCGCGACCCCAUCCUGUUCCUUCUGUUGUUGGUGGCAGUAGUGUUUUCCAUUUAGCGGACAUCAGAGAGCUACCAAGACCAAGUACAUCAACUGCUGGUGUGUAUCCUGUGCCCCAGCAUAAAAGAAUGGAGACCAUUGUAACUCCAACUUCUGCAGGCCUUCCUUCACUGGUACGCUCUUACGAGUUAAGUGGACAGGGAAGAGGACGACCUCGAGUCGGUGAAACUCUCAGACAGUCACAAAGAGCCAGUGUUAGGCAGAGUGAAGCCAACAAUCAUUAUAGAGAUAUUGCUUUGAGGAAGUUCAACAAUUUCACACAAAUAAUCAUGUCUCCAUCCACUACCAAAAUGAAGAAUUCUCUAAAUUCUCGGGUGUUGCGCGAGUUAUGUGAAGCUCUUAAUAUCUUGAAAAGGGAUGAAACAGUGAGAAUGGUUUUAUUGACAGCCACAGGACCAACAUUUUGUCAGGGAGUAGAUCUUACAGCACUGCAGCAUCCUAAUUUGGACACAAGGAAGAAAAAUGCUGAAAAUCUGGUUAGGGGCAUCAAAGAGUUCCUGAGAACAUUGGUGCAAUUUCCUAAGCCUAUUGUUGCUGGAGUAAAUGGUAAUGCAAUGGGAUUAGGUGUGACAAUGUUGCCACUUUUUGAUCUAGUCAUUGUUAAUGACAAGGCAGAAUUUUAUCUCCCAUAUGCAAAGUUGGGGCAGAUUCCUGAAGGUGGCGCUACUUAUACUUUUCCAAAUCUCUUUGGGAAACUAAAGUCCAUGCAGCUGUUCCUGGGUCAUAAGGUAACUGCAUCAAUGGCACUUGAAAUGGGCCUUGCUUCAGAAUCCAUAUGGCCUGCAACAUAUCAGCAAGAACUUAUACCAAAAGUUGCCCUUCUUGCAACUCAAUCUGCUCAGAGUAUGGAGGCUACCAAGGCAUUAAUGAAUCACCAUUUGAUAACAAAACUUGAGUUAAGUUUGGAAUCAGAAUGUCGUCUUCUCUUACAACACUGGACAUCACCUCACUUUGCCCUCCUUUGUAAGCGCUUCCUUGAUAGUCACCACAUUCAUCUUCAAAAACCUGUUAAUCUGCCCCUUUAGUUUUAUGGGGGUUCCUUUCCAACAUGCGUGUAUGGGAACCCCCUCGGAACUUUUAAUAGUGACUUCUUGAAUGUUAUUCUUGUAUCAAGGAUAUUUCAAGAAAUUAUGAGAUUUGGAUUUUUUUUUUUUUUUUUUUUUUUUUUUUUUUUUU